GUAAAUCCUCGUGUGAGCGAAUGCUAAAAUUGUUCAUAGUGGUUGACACUAAAUAAUGGCGCCACAAUACGCACCUAGUCUUCGGUCACGUCUCCCUCCCAUUGCCUUUCUCUUGGAGACGGUAUUUAUCUUGUUUUUUGUGUUUUACGUGGAUGUUUCAUACGUACAUUCCAUCAGGUUUUACGCAGAGUUCCAGGAUGUCCAUGUGAUGGUUUUUAUGGGUUUUGGCUUCUUUUCCACCUUCCUGGUGCGUUAUGGCUUCAGCAGUUCUGGCUUCAGCUUACUAGUUGCAGCCAUGGCAGUGCAGUGGGCCAUUGUGGUUCAGACUCUUCUGCACUUACCAUAUCUUGGGAGAAUGAGACUCACCAUAGAAAGUUUGGUGUUUGCAGAGAUGAGUGCAGCCUCAUCACUAAUUGCCAUGGGUGUUGUUCUUGGGAAGACCAACCCUGUUCACCUUCUCCUCAUGUCUUUGAUGGAGGUUGCUGGGUUCACCCUCAAUCACUGGCUACUUCAAACUUUACUGAAGGUCAAACUACAACACAGCCUCAUGCUCCUCCACAUAUAUGGGGCCUUCUUUGGAAUUAUGACAUCAUGGACACUGGGUAAGGGUAUUGAACCGCGUCAUGAAAAAGAGAAGUCGGAUCGAAAGAUGGCUUUAUUCUCAUUAUUUGGGACCCUCUUCCUAUGGAUGUUAUGGCCCAGCUUUAACUCACUGUUUUUCUCGACCAUAGCUCAAAUAAAUAUCAUCUGUAGCACAUACCUGUCUAUGGCUGUCAGUGCUGUGACUGCCAUCGCAAUUUCUGUCCUCUCCAACCCUCGAGGCAAAAUCAACAUGCUUCAUGUACAGAGCGGCAUUCUUGCUGGUGGCGUUGCUGUGGGAGCCACUAUGUCAACAUUUCCUCUACCUUGGGUUGCCAUGGCAGUGGGGUUAUCAGCUGGCAUAAUGUCAACCUUGGGAUCUAUAUACAUCAAGCCACUUAUGCAAAUAGUUUUCAAAUGCCACGACACCUGCAGCAUACUCAGUGUUUAUGGGAUCCCUGGCAUUCUGGGAUGGUUUGUUCGGCUCUUUCUUCAGCUUGCGAACUCGGAUAGCACGACAGUGGCAGUGAGGUUUGCCGCGUACCACAUCACAAUUCUCCUCAUCACACUUGCUUCAAGUGUUACUUUGGGAGUCAUUACAGGCGUCAUCCUGAAAUUGAAGAUUUGGAGACCCCCUCAGGACAGGAAGUGCUAUGAUGAUCAGGCCUUCUGGGAAUUUCCCCACCUGGCAGAACGCAAAUGAGAAGAUGGAAACAAUGGAUAACCUUUGACAAAAAAAAUAAUAAAACCAUAAUAUAUACAAUUA